CUGUGAACGACUGGAAACAGCAGCUGCAAGCACUCAGAGAGGGGGAGAGGGGCCGAGGAAUCGUCGUCUUCGAAGAGAGAUCCAGGAGUUGCAGUAGAAAGGGAAAGUUAGAAAGCAACGGGAACUCGCUCGCUCUUCUUACGGAGGGGAAUGUUCUAAAAGUGUUGCUUCUUCCUCCUUUUUGUACUCCCUUCGUCCUGCCUUUUCCUUUCUGCAGGGCCAGGAUUAGGGCAAAAACUACGUGCUGAAAGGUGAAGCUGAGGCUUCCGACGGCCGGAGCUCUUAGCUGCCUCGCUUUCUUACCGCUUUCAAGUUUCAAGCUUCCCGGCUUCCUUUUGGACGACUUCUGUUGUAGACAACUCGGAAGAGAUCGUUUUAUCUCGUCUUUCUGAUAAAUGACAGAUGGAAGAUCUGAUUGAGCUGAAACAGUUUGGUUUCAGUCUUUUGAAUGCAGAUCAGCCGGUAGACCUCGCGUUUUUCGAAGCUUACUUUUGGCCGAAGCUGGCUCUACAGCGCAGUUUCUCCUGUCCGUAGACAGAGUGUAAGCAUUCCGAGUGCAAAACAGUGGAAUCUUGGUCCUGGAAUUGCUUCCCUGAACUCAUGAGAGUUGGUUUUUGUUGAAGGAGUUCUAAACUUAUUUCCAUCGAUUCUUUUCUUUCAUUUGGCAAAGCUGGGAAACUUUGUGAGUGAUUUUAAGGAGCGGACUGACUUUGGCGGUGUAAGUAUUGGUUUUACUCUUUUCUGAGUUUGUAGUCUUUUGAAGAAAAGGUCUUGAUUCCCUAAUCAAGAGAAGCCUAAGAAUAACUCGGAAGGUAGCUGUGGAAGCCUUCUGCGAUGUUUGGUGAGCUUAGUUUCUAGCUGGUUCUUGAAAAUCGCCCAAACGUGUCUACCCCCAGACGCACUAGGUCGUGCUUUUUUGGUGAGGCAAACAUGUUAGGUGAAGGUUAAUUAUUGAACGCAAAUGAACGCGGCAGAAUCAAUGCUGAAUAUACUCAAAAUGUGACGAUAGAAGACCUUCUUUUCUUUGAAAUGGAACUAUUUGGUAGCAAUUUGAGUAUGAUGGAUGAUUCGAUGCGAAAAAUGGACAAAAUGGACUAAGUGUUCAUGUCCUGUUCCCAACGAAGUGAAUUUUUUAGUAUAGUCAUUGAUUCGUCGAGGGUAGUUCCAUAUACGUUUCCAGAGACCAACUAUAUUCGACUCUUCAUUGUCCAGUGGAGUUAUUUUAGUUGCCGUUUGACUAGAAGUGCGCAGAGUCCGGCUUGCUUCCUGGUCAGUGUAAGUUCUUGCAGGUAAUCUUACUUGAGGAACUGUUCAUGAAGAAGUUACAGCGGAUCAGUUAUGAUGCAUAGUUAGCACGGCAUCAUUCAGCUUAGGCGUUUCAUUCUUCUGUAAUUUAAUUUACUUCUCGAUGCAAAUCACUCUUUAAACAAGGAAUGUUGCCCGUAUUGACUUGGUCGUUGGGUAAAAGACAUGGUCUAAAAUUAUGUGCAGCUUGUCUAGAAGGAAUAUCUCCUCCACUAUCACUUAAAACUUGUGUUGCCCUGGAUAUUGGCUCUUGUUGUGCCUAUGCGUGGUUUUGGCUUCUUUUGACAUUAUGUGCUUCGUGGUUUUGCUGCUUGAUUGAAGGUGGGGGAUACUGUAUUUUAUUCUCAUUUGACAGUGACAGGCUGGUAUUUCAGCUUUAUAACCAACUUCAGUUCCAGUCAUGACUAGGACUGUUGUUCAUGGUGCCUCUUCCAAGAUUCUGAGGGAAGAAGACUGCAACAUUCAGGAUCAUCUUCGUAAUCAUGUACAUUUGACAAAUUGUAUCCACGUAAAGAACCAUUUGCACAAAUACAGCCCAAAUCCUAUGUCUGCUGAGAGUGCACUGAUAAGAGACCUAAUUGUCCUUCAGAGAUCUAGGUCACUAAGGGACCCUUCAACCAGCCCAUCUUGGCAUUCUCCUAUUGCAGAUUCUUUAGCAAAGAGGCUUGAAAAGGGAGCAAUACAAGCUGGCCGCAGGUCUGUUGGACCGGAUCAUACAAUUGAAUCAAGAACAGGGUUUUCCAGUUCACCACUUCUUGCAAGUUUUGAAGCAUCAAGGGUAGUGGAAAGGGAAAGCAAAAAUUGUUUAGAAGUAGGAAAGGAGAAUGAUGGAAGCGGGGUUGUAGUCUAUCAAAAUAUUCAAGGGAGAAUGAAGAAAGUUGGAAAAGGUAAGGGUGAAGCCUCUGCACCGAAAGGUAGAGAAGCCAAUGUUGAGAUGCGAAACUUGGCAGGUGCUACAGGUACAUCCAAGGUUGAAGAAAGAUCUUCUGCAUUGGCUGAUUAUAGUCAUUUGCAUCCUGAUUUGGGGAAACGGAAGACUGUUUCUAAAGGCAGAAAGCUCGUGAUUAAGGAUUCCCACAGCCAAAGUCACCAUGAGAAAAGCAUUUUAGAACAAGUGAAAGAGAUAUACUUAGAUGGUGAAGACGUAGGACCUUCUCAGUCUCACCUUCAUAGCAGGCAUAAAAUGGUCAUUCAGAGACCAGGAACAAGUGGAAGGGGGAGUGACAACAUAGAUCGAUCAAAUUUAGGUGCAGAGUUCGGUGCAUUCAAAAAGCGCAAGUUGAAAAGUGCAAGGAUAUCUCGUGCACUACCAGGUUCCAGAGUGGGUGGAGGUCAUAAUGAGUUGUCUUUAGUUUCAGAUUCACUAGCUAAUGCAGCUGCUCAUGCAAAGUAUCGGUCUGAGUGGAAUGGAAUUUCAGGUUAUGAAGAAAAUGAUGAAACUGAGCUUACCCAUGCUCCACGGAAUGGGUGUGGAAUUCCAUGGAACUGGUCUAGGAUACAUCACAGGGGAAAAACAUUUCUUGACAUGGCAGGACGAAGUUUUUCAUGUGGAUUGUCAGACUCUAGGUUAAGGAAAGCUGAAGGGCCUAGUUCUCAAGUGCCGGCUUCUCCAGAUAUGCUUGCCACGUCCAACCAGUCAGAUUCAUCUGCAAGAUCUGACUCUGAGGUUCUGCCACUCUUAAAUGAGCCAUCAGGCUCCCAAGCAAGUAGCCAAAGUGCUGCUUGGGUUCGGGAUUACUCAGGGGAACUGGGUAUCUAUGGCAAUCAGAGGUUGAAGCAAGAUAGAGAUUCUGACCUUGUUUCUGAAGGAAGGUCUGGUGAUCAGCAGACAUUCAGGCAGUAUCUUCAAUCUGGCGAGUUGAUACCUGGUGAAAGGCAUAGGAGCUUGACACAGAAAUAUGUACCAAAAAGUUUCAUGGAUUUGGUGGGACAGAACUUGGUUUCACAGGCUCUUUCAAAUGCAAUUGCACAAAAAAAGGUUGGGCUUCUUUAUAUAUUUUAUGGUCCACAUGGAACAGGUAAAACUUCAUGUGCACGAGUCUUUGCACGAGCUCUGAAUUGCCAGUCUCUGGAAUACCCCAGACCUUGUGGUUCCUGCAAUUCAUGCAUUGCUCAUGAAUUAGGAAAGAGCUCUAGCGUGCAUGAGGUAGGUCCAGUUGGUAGUCUUGACUUUGAAAAUGUUAUGGAGCACUUUGAGGAUAUGGUGUUAUCUAAAAAAUCUUCUCUCUACCGAGUCUUUAUAAUCGAUGACUGUGACAGUUUGCCCUCUGAUUCCUGGAGUGCAAUCUCAAAGAUUAUUGAUCGUGCUCCUCGGCGCAUAGUUUUUAUCCUUAUCAGUACAAAUAUUGACCAUUUGCCUCAUAUGAUCAUAUCGAGAUGCCAGAAAUUCUUUUUCCCAAAAUUGAGAGAUGCAGAUAUUAUUUCCACUUUGCAUUUUAUUGCAACUCAGGAAAAUAUUGAAAUAGAAAGAGAUGCAGUGAAACUCAUAGCAACAAGAUCUGAUGGAUCGCUUAGAGAUGCUGAAAUGACCUUAGAACAAUUAAGUUUGCUGGGCCAAAGAAUAUCAGUUUCUCUUGUUCAGGAACUUGUUGGGUUGGUGUCAGAUGAUAAGCUGGUUGAUCUUCUCGACUUAGCAUUGUCAGCUGACACUGUGAGCACAGUGAAGACAUUGAGAGAGAUUAUGGAAGCCGGUGUUGAGCCAUUGGCUUUGAUGUCACAGCUUGCCACAAUAAUCACUGAUAUUCUUGCUGGUAGUUAUGUGUUUACUAGAGAAAGAUUAAGAAGAAAGUUUUUUCGACGUCCAACAUUAUCUAAAGAAGAAAUGGAGAGACUGAGGCAGGCUCUUAAGACACUUUCUGAAGCAGAGAAGCAACUAAGGAUGUCAAAUGACAGAUUAACAUGGUUGACAGCCGCUCUCCUUCAGCUUGCUCCAGAGCAGCAAUACAUUGUUCCAAGUUCUUCUGCAGACACGAGUUUCAAUCAUAGUCCUCUUAGACCUAGCAGUAGGGAUGAGUCAAGGACCCGAACCAGCAUUCAUCUUGAGUUAUCUAAAAAUAGGAGGUCUAACCUCCAUGUCGCGAGUACCAGUGAUGAUCAUGGUGUAGAAAGUGCAGGACAGAUUCCAGGUUUAAGUCAUAAAGAUAUGGAAGAGAUAUGGGCAAAUGUGCUGGAAAAGAUACAAUCCAAUACCCUGAAACAGUUUUUGGAUCGUGAAGGACAGCUGAUUUCAGUUAAUGUUGGCACUGCUCCAACUGUGAAGCUGCUGUUCACCUCACAUUCUAACAAAGCCAAGGCAGAAAAGUUCAAAGCUUGCAUUUCACAAGCAUUUCACGCUGUUCUCCAUUUCUCUGUCGAAGUUGAAUUUUUGCAUGAAACAAAAGAAAAAAAAGGUGAUGUUCAGUCUUCACUUGCCGUAAUAGCUGAGAAUGAUACAUCACACAGAAUAUCUGACCAGAAAUUAAGAGCCCAUAAUAAAGUUCCAAAAGCAGGUCAAAGUGAUGGCAGGAGGUCUUCAAAGAGUACAAAUACAAAAGUUGGCAGCUCCUCUCAGGGAAGAAAACUGCACCCCAACUCUCAAGAGACAACCAAAAACGAAAUCGUUGAAAUAACAGCAUCUCCUAUUCAGUUGAAAAGUAAUGUUCUGGAUGAGAACAAUAUGGAAAGUGCUUGGGUAGAGGAAGCAGCUGACCGUCAUCAAUCUUCAUCAGUUUCUGUUCACGCAAGAAAAGUGAAAUCAAGGGACCAUUCGCUGAGAAAGAGUUUGGUCAAGGGAAAAGUCUCUCUUGCUCAUGUGAUCCAACAGGCAGAAUCUACUCAACAUGGUGGACGGUCUAGGUGUGAAGGGAUAUCAAUUGCUGAAAAGCUUGAACAGGAGAAUUUGAGACUGGAGCCAAGCUCAAGAGUUAUGCUUUGCUGGAAGGCGUCUAAAGUUACACUGAGGAAGCUCCCACGUCUCAAGAGCCGGCCAAGGAGAACACGGUCACUCUUAAAACUGGUUCCAUGCGGAAGAUGUGCUUGUUCUAAGUCUCCCAGAUGAAUGAUUUAAGCAUGUUAUCACAUCUGAUGUAGUCCUAGUAUUAUUUAACGUAAAUAAAGAACUCUCUCUCUCUCUC